AUGCGGGUGGCUAGGUCAUCGGCUGUGGACUUCGCCGUGACUUUCGGAGGUGGCGGUGCCCUAGGCUGUCUUGCUUUCCCCUUCCCUUUUGAAGAUUGUGUUGAUUCAGCAGGUUGUCGUUGUUGGGAUGACGGCAUGCCCGGUACAAAAUCCGGCACAUCGGCUCGCAAUGAGUGGUCAUGUAAAUGCCCCGCACUGUCCAAAGUGGCAUUUUCGGCCUGGUCUGGUCUUGUCAACUGGGCUUCGAAGCCACGCGCUCUCAUUCCACGGGUUCGCGCCUGUGGUCGUGCCUCUUGGGUUUCAGACCCUGUAAUCUGA